CUUUUGGUUUUGUGCAAGUUGCAACUUGUGUUGAGUUUGGUGGAUUCCACGCUCGUGAGCUCUUGUAUUGAUUGAAUAGUUACUUCAAUCGUGGUCAAGCAUCUAUCUUUAUAUCAAUCGAGCCUUUCCCCAUAUGUGGAAUUGCACGUUUGAUUCCGUUUUAUCCCAAACACCCAACAACAUGUGUUUUUGGUUCGAGCUUCGUUUUAAUUCAAUGGAUUGGAUUGAUUGCUUUGCUGCAUAUUUUGAUAAACACCCACCCCCCCCCCCCCCCCCCCCCCCCCCCCCCCCCCCCCCCCAGGGUCGUUUGUCUACCAUGUUGCGAUCGUCUGAUUUUAAUCAUGUAUGUAACUGGGAUGUUGUUGUAUGCCUUUCUGUUUGAUCAAGAUUACAUGGCCGACCUUCUGCCAUUUUGACGUAUCGCAUUCUGAGUGCCAAUUUUGCCGGAACUUUUUCUUCAGUGCCAUUUUUGCCUAACCCAGUAUGCAUCGACGUAUUAGCUUGUUAUGUUUUUUUUUGUUUUUUUUUUUUUGUAUUAGAACAGAGAAGAACAGUUUGAUCCAAGACAUGCUAUUCAAUCAAACCGUGAGGCAUUGUGUCCUGGAUGGCUGCAGUUCGGAUCCAUCGACAAUCCACCUGGACAAGGUUUCAUUCUUGAAAGACGGGUCGAGACCUAUCUCUCUACAGCAGGAUGAUCACUCACUGGAGGAGGAGGAACAACCAUCGUUAUCAUUAGGAAAGCUCGAAGAAACGGUGGUCAGCACAUGGCAUCAGGAAAUGAGGCACUUUUUCAUCCCUCCAUGACACAAGGAUGAAAUGAUUAAGCCUCUUCUUAGACCAUGUCUAUAUUCCCAACAUGAUGAAAUUCCUUAAUAACACCCAAAAAGUUGUUCUUUAGCCCUUAUUUAUUAGGCGUUUAGUGUCAUUUUGAGCAUGAAUUGUUUUAUAAACGUCGUUUGUAUCCUAGAUUGCCUCCUUUUGUCAUAUCAUGUAAUUUUAGGUUGCAUUUGACAUUACAAGCAAAAAUGGGGAGAAAAUGGGGCUAAUGUGUAGGAAAAGGAGAAAACACCAAGAUCGCAGUCUAAGGAGCAGAAUCUCAGUUGACAAAGCCAACCCAUGAAGUCAAGCCAAAGAUCGAGUGUUGAAGCUAGAACACCGCUACCGCGAUCUCAGGAUCCAUGGGCGCGAUCUUCAGGACAAAGCGUCAAAGAAUGAACAAAGAGUUUUGCUAUGUAGAUCACAUGCGAUGUUGAAUCGAGUCGCGAUAAAGAUCAUAGUUGUGACACGAAGUUAGCGGUUGCGAACAUAGGGUGCGAUCUAUCGCCCGGCCAAGACUAAUUGACAAAGUUGAAGAUCGUGGGUCAUCACGGCCAGAUCAUGAUCGUAAUCAUUCACCCCUCAGCCGUGAUCUUGCCCAAAAUCCCCAAGGCCUAUAAAUAGAAGAGUUGUUGGAUUGAGAAGGAGAGCCGGCUUUGAGAGAGAAAAUCAGGGUUUUGGGGCAGUUUUAGAGAGAAAAACAAUUUGGGAGAGCUUAGAGGAAGACCCAAUCCACCCAAGAAGAAAGGAUAAGGUGCAAUCCAAGGAGAAGAAGAUGGUUUCCAACACUUCCCCCUUCUUAGUUUGUAUUUUCUUCCUCUCUCUACGACUUGAAGCCUUAAGGUUGUUUAGUGAAGAUGGAACCAAGUUUAUAGAUUGUUUAUGUGUCUUGUGUAUGAAUGACUAAGAACCUAUAAUCUAUGCCUAUUUGAUGUUUAUGCGAAUAUCUUUUUCUUGAUUGUGAUUGAUUUGUUCUAGGUGAUGGUUCAAUCCCCUUAGAUUAAGAGUGCUUAGACAUCAAUUAGUGUGGGAUUAUAUGUAUCCCAUUUGCCUUAGUUGCAACCUAUAUAAUAGGAGAAUUAUCAUUACUUUACACUUGGGAUUAUGGUGUAUUUGAGUUUAACUAGGGUGCUUAAAGCUUCGAAUUUGGUUAGAUGUGUGAAUGCUUCUUACCUUGGUUAGUCCACCUCGAUGGCUAGCUAGAGGUCGAGGUAACCAUCCCCUUGUAGGUUAGGUGACCAUCGACCUACCCUCCUAUUGUGUGCAGAUCAAUUUAAACCUUUUAGAGGAGGUAGAACUUAUCCCUAGUUAGGUAGCCUAGUUGAGGUGACAUUGGGCUGACUAUCCUAGCUAGGAGGCAGAUCGAUUGCAUGACCAUUGAGACAACCCCCACCUUCGAGACCUCUUCACCUCGAGACAACAUUAGAUUUUCACCCGUAGCAACCUAUAGCUAGAGGGAAUCAACCCUAGGCAACCAUCGAAUCUCUAGCAGUCUCCCAACCACUUGGUUGCUUGUGUUUAGGUAGUUAGGUUAGUUUACCCGCAAACUUCUUAGAUGAUUAGAUAAUAGUUUGGAAUGAAUUAAUAGUUAGCCU